AUAUACCUUCUUCCGACGACGUAUUAUUACCUUUUCCCAUCGUUUCCCUUUCCUUCCCUUCUCAGUCUGACUCUGAAUCUCUCCCAACUACACCACAAACACACAACCGAACAAAGGCUUAGCAACUCAACGCAGAGAAUAGAGAGAGAGAGAGAGAGAGAGAGAGAGAGAGAGAGAGAGAGAGAGAAGGAUAAUACACCUUCUUCUUCUUCUUCCAUUGCCGGAAUCCUCAUGGAAGUCGGCCGGAAAAUUACAAACAUGCUCUGCGCAGCGGCGGAGAGCGACAACUACAGCUUGAAUUUUGAAGCGACGGAGCUGCGUCUUGGGCUACCAGGAGGAAGUGGAAUCACUAAUGAUGGUGAGACCACUAACAAGAAUGGUGGAAAGAGAGGGUUCUCGGAGACUGUUGAUUUGCAGCUCAACCUUCCUUCAAAGGAGUCUGUGUUGGAUUCAACUGAGAAGAAGAGCCCAAUUAACAAGGAUAAGAACCUUCUUCCUUCCUCUACUGAUCCCGCCAAACCACCCGCCAAGGCACAAGUGGUGGGUUGGCCACCAGUUAGGUCAUUCCGAAAGAAUAUCCUGUCUGUCCAGAAGAAUAACACUGAAGAAUCUGAGAAGGCUAAUGGAAGCGCAGCUUUUGUGAAGGUUAGUAUGGAUGGAGCACCUUACCUUCGUAAGGUGGACCUGAAGAUGUACAAGAGCUACCAAGAACUGUCUGAUGCCUUAGGAAAGAUGUUCAGUUCCUUCACCAUAGGUAACUGUGGGCCACAAGGAAUGAAGGAUUUCAUGAAUGAGAGUAAGUUGAUGGAUCUGUUGAAUAGUUCUGAGUAUGUGCCCACAUAUGAAGACAAAGAUGGAGACUGGAUGCUUGUUGGUGAUGUCCCUUGGGAGAUGUUUGUCGAUUCAUGCAAGCGAUUGCGUAUAAUGAAGGGAUCAGAGGCAAUUGGACUUGCACCAAGAGCCGUGGAGAAAUGCAAGAACAGAAGCUGAAGAAGCAAUCACUAUUAGUGUCAUUUAAUAUAUGAACAUAAAAUGAUGGGAUAUUUGUUAUUUAAGAGAAGUAAUAACAUUUGUGUCUAAGACCCUGUGGUUAUGUGAUCUAGAGAGCUUGUUUAUUAUUAUUGGCUUGCUUAAUAAUCACCUCCUUUGUUGUUGUUUUGGUUGUUAUUCUUGUAAUCUUUUGUUGUCACUAUUGCAACUGUCCUUGUUUCUGUAGUGGUUUUCUGCUUUUAUUACUUGCAGUUUUUACUGUUAAUUUUCUCA